AUGGGUAUCACCAACAAUCCGACGGAGAGACCAGCUAACAUUCCUGAAGGACAGCCGUUUGCUCAACAUGUGAACCUCUCGGAUGAGAACACGAAGUCCACGGUGGACGUGGUACAGUCGCUGCGGGGACCACCGUCAACUCUGACGAGUGUCAAGUCGGAACCACUGGCUCAGGGGCGACCACCUGAGGCACACUUGAACAUGUGUAGGGGCACUGGAGGGGGUCGUCUGCCAGGCUUCCGGGGUCGCGUGUUGCAACUCACCGGGUUGGCGCGCUUCGGUGGCGUCUUCGGUUCCCUCGAAUAUCAACAGCAGGCGGAUGUUCCCGCUCCUGCAAUGGAGGUCGAGGUGGAAGCCACUGAAGCGGCUGCAGCAGCUGACAGUGACACAGCCACACAAGCCCCCCCAAGUUACCUGGAAAGCGGCCCCGCUGCACCGGUGCCUCAGCCUCCUGUGCGGCCUCGCCGUCAACAGAGGCCACGGCGCACCGACACCUUGUUGCGGGUGUCUUCCCAGUGCGACCAGAGCCUCGAGCUGACUGAGAAGUUGCUUGAUGUGAGUAGACCGUUUGUUUAAAUUUUACGUAAAGGGUGUGAACAUUUUU